GUGUUUUCUCUCUGGGACAGGAGGACGUUCCAGGUGUUCAGUGUGAAUUCCCUGCGCCUCACCUGGGAUCCACUCUGUCUGAAGAGCCCCAGAGGGUGAUGUUUAGAAGCCAGAAACUGGAAUCUGGGUGUGCUCAUUGAUGUUGAGGUGGCAUUGCCUCCAGGAUCAUGCGGAGGAGAGACCUGGGAGACGGAGUUGUUUAGUGGUGUGACUUCAUGUCCAGUAGCUCCAAAGGUCUUCAGGUAAUACAAGAUAGAAGAGAGGUCUCGACAUAAGCCCUGGAAAGAAGAAAGGAUUGGCCUGCAUUUACUUCUGAAACCAGACACGGAUGAUACCAAGGUCGUCUGCUAGCUGGCCCCCUGGAGUCGUGUGCAGCGGCCUCUUCGUGCUCACAUGGUCAGCGCCAAGUUGUUUCGGCAUGAUGAAACAACUUCCUGGGCCCACCUGUGCAAGCCGGGUGCUCCCAACAUGCCAAAGGGAUUCCCCCUGCUACAUCCUCGAACCUGUAGUGGGCUUGUGCCUGCAGACGGUCUGCGGAGUUUAUGAUCGGAUGCCGGGCAGCCCACUGGUCCAAAGGUCUCCACAUGACGUCACCAUAACGAGGGUGGCUCCCGCUUUGUAAAGACCUCAUCGCCGCGAGGUGAGGCUAAGAUGAGCAUUACGAGUGACGAGGUGAACUUUCUGGUGUAUCGGUACCUCCAGGAAUCAGGUUUCUCCCACUCGGCCUUCACGUUUGGGAUCGAGAGCCACAUCAGCCAGUCCAACAUCAACGGGACACUAGUGCCGCCGGCUGCCCUCAUCUCCAUCCUGCAGAAGGGACUGCAGUAUGUGGAGGCCGAGAUCAGCAUCAACGAGGAUGGCACGGUGUUCGACGGCCGCCCCAUAGAGUCCCUGUCCCUGAUCGACGCCGUGAUGCCCGACGUGGUGCAGACGCGGCAGCAGGCGUUCAGGGAGAAGCUCGCGCAGCAGCAGCAGGCCAACGCCGCCGCUGCAGCCGCCGCCACGGCCACGGCCACCGCCACCACCACCGCAGCCACCCCAGCCCCCGUUUCCCAGCAAAACCCACCAAAGAAUGGAGAGGCCACGGUGAACGGGGAGGAGAACGGCGCGCACGCAAUAAAUAACCAUUCGAAACCAAUGGAAAUAGAUGGGGAUGUUGAAAUUCCACCCAACAAAGCCACAGUCCUUAGGGGCCAUGAGUCCGAGGUGUUCAUUUGCGCCUGGAAUCCUGUCAGCGACCUCCUAGCUUCUGGAUCCGGAGACUCGACCGCCAGGAUAUGGAACCUUAAUGAGAACAGCAACGGGGGCUCCACACAGUUGGUGCUGAGGCACUGUAUUCGGGAAGGGGGACACGACGUCCCAAGCAACAAGGAUGUGACCUCGCUGGACUGGAACAGCGAUGGGACACUAUUGGCUACAGGUUCCUAUGACGGCUUUGCAAGAAUAUGGACGGAAGAUGGUAACCUGGCCAGCACCUUAGGGCAGCACAAAGGCCCCAUCUUUGCCUUGAAGUGGAACAAAAAGGGGAACUAUAUUCUGAGUGCUGGUGUGGACAAAACAACCAUCAUCUGGGACGCCCACACAGGAGAAGCCAAGCAGCAGUUCCCCUUCCACUCAGCCCCCGCUCUGGACGUGGACUGGCAGAACAACACUACCUUUGCCUCCUGUAGCACGGACAUGUGCAUCCAUGUGUGCAGGCUCGGCUGUGACCGCCCAGUCAAAACCUUCCAAGGGCACACAAAUGAGGUCAACGCCAUCAAGUGGGAUCCUUCAGGAAUGCUGCUAGCGUCCUGCUCUGAUGACAUGACAUUAAAGAUCUGGAGUAUGAAGCAAGACACGUGUGUCCAUGAUCUUCAGGCUCACAGCAAAGAGAUCUACACCAUCAAGUGGAGUCCCACGGGACCAGCCACCAGCAACCCAAACUCCAACAUCAUGUUAGCAAGUGCUUCGUUUGAUUCUACGGUCCGACUGUGGGAUGUGGAGCGGGGCGUUUGUAUCCACACACUAACCAAACAUCAGGAACCUGUCUACAGUGUAGCCUUCAGUCCUGAUGGCAAAUACUUGGCCAGUGGCUCCUUUGACAAGUGUGUCCAUAUCUGGAAUACUCAGAGUGGAAGUCUCGUCCACAGCUACCGGGGCACAGGUGGCAUCUUCGAGGUGUGCUGGAACGCUCGAGGAGACAAAGUGGGCGCCAGUGCGUCCGACGGCUCUGUGUGUGUGUUAGACCUGCGGAAGUAAACACAAUGAACGUUGGGAGAGGAGACAGAGAUCGUGACGGAGCAGCCGUGGGUGCGCGGGGUCGCCGCCCUCUCCCCGCGCACCGGCUCCAGCCGUGUUCGAGCUUGACGUGUGCACUUGGAGUGUACCUUGAAACCAACUUGUCCCUGGCCGCGGGAGUCUCUCUCUUUCCCGUCAUCUUCAUCCUGAAGUUGAAUAAGCAAAAGCAGACCGAGAGCCCUGGGGGAGGGUCCCGCCCGGGCCGCCUGAGCCGGGGAAGGAGGAGGUCGGAUGCGAGUGGGCUCUUGGGGCUGAAUGGGCAGGGGGUAGUGAAAGAAGCUGUGCCAAAAAAAAAAAAAAAAUAUGCUGUGAUCAACCCAAAGGUGGGGACCGCCUCCUUAGGGUCCCCGAGUCGGUUUGGACACCACGUUGCUCCCACAAAGGCUGCUCGGAGACCGUUUGGACUGAUGGAGCGCGCGGCUUUGUCCUCCCAGCCCCAUUUUCUAGAACCUGGUUUGUUGGGUGGCUUUUGUGUCCACUGGAAUUCCGUGCUCCGGGGCCUUCCACGCGAGGUGGAACCUGCCUGCGGUGCGUUGCUUCUUUCCCCCUUGGUCAUGUCCUUGCCCCUGCGCCAUUCGCUUUGGUCCCCUCUCCCUCCCUUUUCAUGCCCCACCCCCCCAACACACACACACACACACACACACACACACACACACACACACAGACACACGCGGCCAGGGACAGGGUGACGUGAUGAGGAAAGCCCUGAUGGACAGCUCUCUCCCCACCCGUCCACUGCCCCUCUCCCCUCUGUCACCCAUAGCUGCUCCACGUCUUGGGUCUCAAGGGCACUUUUGGCGCAUAAAUAAGUGCUUUAUGUAAGAAGGCAGGGAGGGGGACUUUUUACAGGAGAAAAAAAAAAAACGACUUAUAAGAGAAAGAGCCUGGAGUAUUUUUGGAAAAAAAAAAAAAUAUUUUUAUGUUUAAACGAUUUUAAAAUCCUAAAAUGGCCAUCAGACAGAGAGCUUUGUGAUUCAUAUUUAAAAAGGAAAAAAAAAAGGUCAGACGUCACUGGCAGCCCGAGGUGUCUCGCCCCUUUUCCGUCAGCUGCGUGGAAGGCAUUUAGGAAGACCUUGGGUGGAAGAAGGACGGUCCUGCGCAUUAUCAGCUGGUGCAAAAAAAGUGAGGGAGGCUUCCAAACCGACAGCCGGCCUCUGCUGUCACCUACGCCUUUUCCCCAGAAAUAUAGCUCCAGUGUUCACCUCACCAAGAGCACACACUGGGAAAGUACUUGCCAAGUAGACCUGAAGGCUCCCCAGAGCGCACCUCGGUCUAGAGAAGACGCAAAAUAUCACGGAAGAAAGACUGUCAUUCCCGAAGGUGAAUCAUUACCUAGGUAGGAUGUUACUAACCACUUCUACCGCCUUUAUCCUUUCUUUCACAAGAGACUAGAAAAAGGGUAGGGACUUUUUGUUGCUUUUGUUUUAAAAUGGGUCUUUACUAUUUUUUAAAAAAAAAUUAAACAAGUUUUUGUGUUCCUAGCAAGGUUUGCUGUCGUGGGAUCAGGUGACUGUAGUGCCCUCCUCACAACUUAACACUGAUUUUAAAUUAGCAAGGCGGGAACAGAUGGAAAGACGGGGCCUCUCCCCUCUGAUUUUCCUGUGGGCAUAGGAAAGGGCAGGAAAUGUUGGUGAGGCUAUGGAGAAGCCUAGGGGGCUGAUUUCACUCAGCUGUGUGUUCCUGUAGCUGAAGCAGGGUGUAACUCGGACGGAUGCAUCUCUCCAUGGAGCCCAAAGUCACCCAUCAUGAAGAGCAGGGGCUUCCUGCACGAUUGAGCGUGCUCAGAGGCCAUCUGCAGAUACCAGAGUGCAUUAAUCCUCCUCAGACCGCCUCCACUUUGGUAGGUGAAUUUUGCAAGCCCAGAAAGACCAAGAGGUGCUCGUGUUAUUGAGUGUUGUGUUCCAGCUGUGGCACCUAAAUACUCGGCAAAGAAAGCCAAAGUUGCAUGGGUCACCAUUGAACAGAGCAGGUGUCCCCCAAUAAGUUGAUAAUCUCCUGCCCUGAAGAUGCAUUAGGUUUGGGGUGCAGAUUUUGGGGAUCCAGAUAAGCACCAUCUUUACUGUUCCCCAAGUAAAAAUGUUUCUCUCUACAGAAUACCAGCUGUCCAAAGUUAGCCCAUUGCUGGGAUAUGGCUCCUUAGACAAGCCCUCUACUGCCAUGGGCUAUGUCAGGGACUCACUAGACAAUCUGCACAUGGAUGUCGGUAGCCAGGGUCUCAUUAGCCCCUCGAUGAAUCUGAGCCUCAUCAGAAUUGUUAGGUGGGAGCUGAGGGCUGCAGGCUCGUGACAAGUUCCUGCACAGGAGGGAGCCCGAGAAGGACGAAGCAGCCUGCCCACCUUCCUGCUUCACAACUAGCCACUGGACUCGAGUGAGCAUGGGCCACCAGGGGACUAGACGGGGGCAUGCAUCUUGGGCCCCUGAAGUCCAUCCCCCACCCACAGAACACCAUGGUCGACAGCAAUUUGUGGAACCUCCCUGUCUACAGACCAUUGUUCACCCUCCUGCCAGAGCGCCAUUAGAUUCAUCCUUGUAGUCAAGGGGUGGCCCGUGUAUCAUGCAAUUACUGUUCUACGUUGUUUACAGCUCUUAAUAAUUGUGAGGAAUGCUUAAGUCUUAGUGACCAAAUCUAACCUUGAAAGCAGACAUGAUGCGGUAAUCCUCUUUGGAAUCUUUGGUGGGGUUCAAAUUGACCAAGAGCCAUGUCCAGCAUCUACCUGGGAGGCGAGAGCUGCCCCACGGGGGCCUGGAAGGGCCAGAUGGACGUUGCAGGGUUUGACGCUCUGACUCCACUCCACACCGUAGGACUUGACUUUUUGUUCUUUCUAAAAAUAGAUCAUGGAGCCAAGUGAAGUGCACUUUGUCCAACGUAAAGAUCUGCUUUUUUCCUUGUUAUUUUUCUCCCUUUUUUAACCUCUUGUUCCUGCUCUCUCUUUCAUCAUUGUGUUUCUUGUCAAAUGCAGAAAUGUUUCUUCCACCACUCACUGAAGUUUUAGAUUCUGGCUUCUGCAGUUUUUAUUGUCUGUGUCAGACGUACAGCCAGACGUGGUUCUCCGUCAGCAUUUUCCAGAUUCUGUUAAACAAUAUCUGUCCCCCAUUUUCUCUACUCCCCGCCACUCACUCCUCACGCUCUUGGGAAAGAAAAAAAAAAAUCACCUUGUGUGUCAUAGCUCAUUUGUUUCAAGAGAGAAUUGACAGAUCAUAUUCAGUGUCUUGAAUAAAUUGCUCUAUUUUGAUAUUAGA